CGACUGUAGUGUAGCCUGGAACCUAAACGGCUGGAGUUUUUCGGUCUUUGCAAAAACCUGUCGCGAGGAUUGUGUGAUUUUAUCCAUUUCAUUUUCGCAUCGACAUCAUUUCGACGGCACUGUAAAUAUUCACGCGGAUCUAAUUUAAGAAGGAAAGGACAGAGCAAACAGGAAGAGGCUGGGUCAAGUACAGAAGAACAUAUCAAGAAAGGGCGGGAUGCAAGAGGGAAACAGGGUGGAAUAUAUUGAUAGGCCAGGACACGCAGGGAAUCAGGAGGAUUAAAGACUUUCUUAAAACUAGAAAAGAUGAAGCCCAUUAAAAUACAAGGAAGGCGGUCACCCCCCUCCACUCGUGCCAAGGGAGUUAAGAGGAGGGCAGCAGAGAGUAGCCCACAGGAAGAGAAGAGAGACACAGAGGAAAAACCUCAAAUAUCGCCAACCUCUCCCAAGAGACAUAUGUCCUUGAAUUCUGACUCAUCACAGGAUGGGCCAGUGAAAAGUAGUGGGUCUUCAGAAAAGGAGAGGAUCCAAAGUGAUGGGAUCCUCAAUAUAGCAGGGGAUUGUGGCAAGGCAGAAGAACAUCCUGGGAGCUCCAAAUCUGGAACACAUAGCAACAGCAGCAGUCGACCGACCAGUGCCAGCAAUAGCCCCAACUCUUCAUCUAGUCGUAAGACGGCCACUUUUAAGGCCCGUGUGCCUAAGAAGAAGUAUACCUCUGAGCACUGUGCUGGAAACCAUGGCAACGCCAGCACUCCCAGCACACGCCCACAGAAAAGCAGCAACUCUCACAAUGGUGCUGGUGCUAGCCAGGGCCCAGCUGUCUCUGCCUCACACACAGAUGUACAUGGCCAAAGCCUGCUGGCUGAGGACAACAUUGCUGAGUACUCACACAACAGAGUGACUGGGCAUAUGGAUAGAACUGCAGGUGAGAGGGAUGGGGCAAACACAUCUAGCCCACAGCGUUGCUCCUCAACAGAUACAGCUAGUGAGGACUCUGCUGACAUAGAAGUGGCAGUCUCAGGACCCGAUUCCCACUCCAACUCCCAAAAGCCACACGCACAUAGCACUUCAACAACAUCACAGGAGAGCCUGUCAGUCGGAUCAGCUGAAGCCCUUGCCAAAGGUCUUAAGAAUCAAAGAAUUCUGGCCAGACAGGGUCACAGUUUAGGGGAUGGGUGGACUUCCGAUCAGGGCCGGGAUAUAUCAGGAGUGUUUCGUGCUGGUGUUGUACGGAGAGUCAGCGAGGAGCAAGGGAGUGUAGAGGUGCAGCUAAAUGGAGAAAAGACCCUAUGCAAGUACCCUUUUCGCGUGGCUACUGAUUCUGUUGAUCUAAUUCUGGAUGCGCCCCCACCUGGGGUGGCGCCAUUGGCUAUAGGCAUACGGGUCUGCAUUCCCUUUGGAGGUGGUGACGAAGGCAGUGAGGGAGCACGACUCUGGUAUAGAGAAGGCAUAGUCACUCAAGUGGAUCAGCAUCCUGCUGUAUCUUGCCCAUACCGUGUACAGCUACGGGAGGAUCUAUCCAAUGACAGAAAGGAGUGGAGAGGUGGAGAGGAAGAUAGAAUGGGAAUCAACGCUAAGGCUGUUUGGGUCUCACGACAGAAUCUCCGUCUACUGGUUCCUCCUUGGGACCUAGAGCUGCCCUGGCCUGCUGAGCCAGGGAUUGAUGGCAGGAGGGGGAGAGAAAGAGAGUGGGAGGAAAGAGAGGAAAUGGAAGUGGAGCAGGAGCUGGUUAGGUUGACCAGACCAGCAUUUGGAGUUGAGCGAUUGUUGCAUCCUGUAACUGCAACUUUAACAUCACCCCUUUCUUCGUCCUCUGCUGUUAGCACUGCCAUCACAUCUAUAUUUACUAUAGCUCCAAAUAGAGACUGGGAACAUAACAGAGUGAAGGAACAGGAGAGAGACAGAGACUUGCAAAGGCACUUAGAGAGAGAAAGGGAAAGAAAUAGAGAAAGAGAGACACACAAACAUCAUCCUCUUCAUCCAUCCACUCCAGAGGAGGACAUGGAGGUCAGCCGUCUCAGCCAGAUAAGGGAUGGUGGGCUCAGUGUAGACAUGGGAGGCAAAGCUCUAGGGGUUUCCUCUCAGCAUCGACCCAUUCUUUCUAAACCAAACUACCUCAGCCCUCCCCUUUCAGUGGUGAGAGGCCUCAGCACCCAACUUGCACCCCAUAUGCCCCUUGUCCCUCAUCCAAAUCACCACCCUGUGCUGCUGGGCCUAGAUUCAGCCACAGGGGCAGCAGUCAUCUCCUCCACACCCCAGCUGCCUCCCCUGCCCCCCACCUCCUCUCGAGGUUCCUUAGACAAGACUCCCAGCUCAAAUUCAAAUGGAGCAUCAGGGGGUGGCUCUGGGUCAUCUUCCUCUUCAUCACGUUCCCGUACACCACUCACAGCAGCUCAGCAGAAGUACAAGAAGGGUGAUGUGGUGUGUACCCCUACAGGCAUCCGCAAGAAGUUCAACGGCAAGCAGUGGCGCAGACUGUGCUCACGCGAAGGCUGCUCGAAGGAGUCACAGAGACGUGGCUAUUGUUCGCGGCAUCUCUCCAUGCGGACCAAGGAGAUGGAAGCUGGAGGUGGGGUGGGCCGAGAUAGGAGUGGUGCGAGUAGCACAGGCACUCUCACACCCGACCUUCGUUUAGGUGGACGCACCAGCAGCGAGUAUGACUGGGAUGACAACUCACAUGACAGCAGUGAAGCUAGCAGCCGUGGAGGGGAUUCUCGGCCAUGUCUGGUCAUGACCUCUCUCAUGCCACAAGAACUGUCACGUGACCUGUCCCGCUUUGAUUUUGAUGACCGUGAGGCUGCAACUAUGCUAAUGUCACUUGGCAGCUCACGCUCAUGUACACCCUCCUUCUCACCUGUUUCCAAUCAGUCUCCAUUCUCCCCUGCACCAUCCCCAUCACCCUCUCCACUAUUUGGCUUCCGCCCAGCUAAUUUCAGCCCCAUCACUGCACCUUCACCUCUGAACCCCCGCCGCCCUCGCCACCUUAGUGGAACUAAGAUCCCAGGCACCCCCAGUACAGAACGUGAGCGUCACCUCUCCGGCAUCAUGCCCACAUUUCAAACUAAUUUGACGUUCACUGUGCCCAUGAGCCCAAGUAAACGUAAGCUGGAAUGCCCACCACUCCCGCUUCCCAGUGUGUCAGACUACGCAAAGUCUGAUCCUCAGCUGAAUGACCCUGGCCUUGGACUCAACGCGGCAGGAUUCAGGGUUCUAUCCCCCCAAAGCCAGGCUACCACCCACUCCUCUUCUAUCUCAUUCCCACGACAAAGAAGCACAACAAGUCGGCCCUCAUCCUCUACUGCCUCCACCCCGCCCCCCAUGCUGGUUUCCCCCACACCACCUUCACCCCUGCCACAGGAUCCUAGCUCACGCCGUAUUGUUCCUCUACGCGAUUCACCUGUUAUCGUUCGAAACCCUGAUGUGCCAUUAACUAAGUUCAGUGAUAGUCCCCUGAGCCGUAGAGGUAGCUCACGCUCUAGGGAGCACAGCCAGCCUCCACACCUCGCUGUGGGCCUCCAGGCCCCUGUGCCCAUCAAUGGCGCUGCAACCAAUGGAGCUGUUCUCCUACGGAAUCCUGCUCCCACCUUAGUCUUGGUGACCUCCUCCCAAUCAUUGACACCUGUGGCUCAUGGACAUCCUGUCCAUUCAAGCUCUGCUACUUUAAAUGUGUCCACCUCUAAUGCAUCUACUGGUCCAGCUCUUGCAAUAUAUGGCUUAGGAGGAAAGGAGCAAGAGAGGAAGCCGGGUGGCUAUGCAGAUGCUGGUGGUAGUGCUCUGCCACAGCCUGUAGCAUGCCAUCCUUCCCCAACAGCCCUGCUGCCCCUCAUCCUUCCAGCAGAGUCCCCUCAUCCUGCUCCUCGCAAAGACAUCAUCAUGGGACGACCUGGCACUGUCUGGACCAACGUGGAGCCCCGCUCUGUGCCAGUGUUUCCAUGGCAUUCAUUGGUUCCUUUUCUGGAGACCAGCCAAUCAAAGAUAUCCACACAGCCUGUUGAAGGCCAAACACUUGUAAAUCAAGGCAAAGAACCUUGCUGUGGAGUUGCCCUUGUGACUGAGGGACGUACAGACCAGCCAGCACCAGAGAGAGGUUCCCCCUCUUGCCCCCCUCCUUCUGCUGAAGACCCACCUGUGGAAAGAGAUGGAGGCGACAGUGAGACAGAAAGUGAUGCUGAUGAUCCUUUUUUUCCAGGUGUUGCCCAAUAUACUUCUCCAUCCACCGGCCCAGUGAAAAGACGCACACAAUCUCUCAGUGCACUUCCCAAAGAAGGUGACAAGAAGAGGGAAAAGGACCACAUAAGACGGCCAAUGAAUGCAUUUAUGAUUUUUAGUAAGCGGCAUCGUGCACUGGUGCAUCAGCGGCACCCUAACCAGGACAACCGCACAGUCAGUAAAAUACUGGGCGAGUGGUGGUACGCCCUGGGACCCAAAGAAAAGCAGAAGUAUCAUGACCUUGCCUUCCAGGUGAAGGAGGCUCACUUCCGGGCUCACCCUGAUUGGAAAUGGUGUAACAAAGACAGGAGGAAGUCUCUGUCUGAGGGCCGGGGAACUCCAGGAGCCAAAGAAGCUCACGAGCGCAGCGUUUCUGAGAGCACAGAGGCCCAUUCCGCAUCUCAGGGGGUAGACCACAAAGGAGCAGGGCCCAGUUGGACAUCACCUCGAUCUGACAGUCAUGGAGGACUAAUUGGAGGACAGCAUCCACGGCCUCGUGCCUUUUCUCAGAGUGCUGUGCAUACUCUGGAGAGGAGGGAGAAAGAGAGAGAGAUAGAAACCGCAGGUCUGUUUCCACCCCACCCCCCUGCUCACCCUCUAUCCCAGCGGAGGGCAAGUGAGGACGUGACCAGUGAUGAAGAGCGCAUGGUGAUCUGCGAGGAAGAUGGGGAUGAUGAUGUCAUAGAGGACUCAUUUGCAGAAGGCUUCAUAGACCUGAAGUGUAAAGAGAGAGUGACAGACAGUGAUGAUGAAAACGACAAUGCAGAUGAGGCUGACAGCAAGCGCACCUUCCAACCAGUUGUCCAUUCCUCUUUGGCAUUCUCUCCUGGUGCCAUAAAAGAAGAAGAUGAGCAUGAAGAGAAGAAGAAAAAGAGAGGGAUAGAGGGAGUAAAGCAGGAGAAUGGGGGACCCAAAGAAGGGAAAGAAGGAGGUGGAGGAGGACAGGUUCCUUCUCCUGCAAAUUCAGCCUCCAUUACAAGUAUAAAUGCCAUUUUGUCGCAUGAGGCAGCGACUUAUUAUGCACAAGGUGCUGUCAGGAUGGCCCCUACCAUAGUGACCAAUGUUGUUCGGCCCAUCACCAGCACUCCUAUCCCCAUCGCCAGCAAGCCAGCAGAUGGGGGUGUGGCCAUUGGGGCCCUUUCUCUAGAUGGGAAGCCCAAGCUACUUAUUGGUGCUGGCAGAACUGCAGGAGUUGGGGCCAUUCCAGGGGGUGGGUACUUUUCCUCCUCUUCUCCCAAACCUAAUGGGCAAGGAAGCUUAGUCACUGGCCUAGUCCUGGGCGGAACCUUCCCAAACCAACCCACUGUUCAGCUUAUCACUCCACCCUAUCCUACUCCAUGCAGUGGAAUGUCUAGCAACAGUGCUGUACCCAUUCCCAUACUUCAUCCUCAGUUCAUCCCUGCUGCUUCUAUUACACCUCAUAGUGGUGGGAAGCCUGUGACACAGGUGCAAUACAUCCUCCCAACGCUACCUGCAGCAGCCAAUCCCAAUAGCCCCUCCUCCCAGCAGACACAGCAGCCAUCCAGUGUCCUUGGCCCGCCCACCCAUGUGACCUUGGCCAAUGGGGUGCAAUCAGGGGCAGGGCAAGGAAUAAGAUAUGCUACAAUUCCAGCAGUGGGAGGAGUCAGCCCAGGAGGUGGAGUUCAAACACAGUCCCCAGUCUUGCAGAGCAAGAUGCUGGUUCCCAUGGCAACUGUUGGAACAGGACCUACACCUCCACAGCCAAUUUCCCUGGUGGGCCCUCCCCUUCCUGUUCAAAAUGGGGCUCAACCAGGAAGUAAGAUAAUUCAAAUUGCACCAAUGCCUGUGGUCCAAACCAAUGUACAUCCUGGAGGAUCAGUGCAUACUGGAAGCUCCUUCCCAGUUUCUAUGGCAGCCACAAAUGUCAUGGCCCCUGGUCCCAACCCACCACAGACAGUGCUAUUGACUCCACCACCUACAAGGAUCACGUAUGUCCAGUCAACUCCUGGAGUUCCUGCUCCUUUGCCAUUGGCCACAACACCUGCAGUCUCUUCCACUCAGCAGGCCCUGUCACCAGCAGCUCCAUCAUUUCUGCAGUCUCCAGUGACAACUCUUGGAUUUUCUGCAAUUGCUCCAGCUGGUCAAUCCUUGAUGCAACCUACUGUUGCAAGUCAGCCACCCCUCUUGCCUCCAUGCCAGCACCCAAGUGGUUUGUCGCAUCCUGCACCAGCAUCAACAGCCACCCGUCAACUUGUGACUGCUAUUUACCCCAGUGUGAGUUUAGCUGGAGGAGCUGUGUCGGUGACAUCUGUACCACAAAACACAGCAAGUACCGCAUCAAUCCCAGUGUCAUCCACAUCACCUCAAACAAAGACCUCCUCAACCAUGACUGCGCAGCUGCAGUCUCAGGUGAACAUGCAGUCAGACAGCGAAAGAGGACCAGAAUCGAGAAAAGUGAUGGGGACACAGAAAGAACAGCCAAUGUCAAAUGAUGGACAUCAGACACCACCUAGUGGUGUGGAGGUGUCGGUGCAGUCUACAAGUACAUCAGGUCAGCAUUGUGAAGGGAAGGAUGAUGGAAAGAAAGGGAGCGAAAUGGAGAGAGAAUAUGAGAGAGAUGUUGGAGGGGGCACAUCUCAAACAGAAAGAGCUGUGAGAGUGAUAGAAGGGGAGAUACAGGGUCAAGAUGCUGAGACCAACAUCAAGGACAAACAUAGCCGAGAGUUUCAGGCAGGACGGAGGGAUGCCUCUGUUUUGGACCCCCCUCCACCUUCUUUGCAGACUGACACCCCUUCAUCUAAAAAGACCAAGUUCCGCCCACCGCCGCUUAAAAGCACCACAGAUGCUGGCGACAAGGUGCUAUCUGGAUACUCUUUUGAAGAGCGUCUUGCAGAGCUGCCAGAGUUCAAGCCAGAGGAUGUGCUUCCCUCUCCAAAUUUACAGAGUCUUGCAACUUCUCCUAGAUCCAUUCUAGGCAGCUACCGCAAGAAGAGGAGGAACUCCAUAGAUCUAGACUCUGCUGAUGAUCCCAGUUCCCCAAGGAGAAAGAAUCAUCGCCUGUCCAGCUGCAGCUCUGAACCCAACACGCCCAAGAGUGCUGCCAAGUGUGAAGGAGACAUCUUCACCUUUGACAGGACUGUUGGAGAGACAGAGCAUAAUUUGGAGGACAUGGACCGCGUACCACCCUCAUCUCUGCGUCGGAUGCUGGACCAGCGGCGAACGCUAGUCAUGCAGCUCUUCCAGGAGCACGGCUUCUUCCCCUCAGCACAAGCCACAGCUGCCUUCCAAGCUCGCUACUCUGAUACUUUUCCGAGCAAGGUUUGCCUGCAGCUGAAGAUCCGCGAGGUAAGACAGAAGAUCAUGCAGACAGCCGGCAGUUCAGAAAUUGCAGGGUCUGGAGGUUUGGCUAGUGGCUCUGACUCCGCUUCCACUCCUGGACCAUCCAAUCCAGCACCCAGGGAGAAUUCCGAGUCGGACGAGAGAGGGAGGGGCACAGAAGAGCCACCAAAGAAAGAUGUGGGCGAUCCGCAAGAAUUGAGAUGAAGAACGAUAGAGAGGACGGACUGAGCGGAAGGAUGAAAGAUGAAUGGAUGGAUGAAUUAUAGAAAUGUGUAAAACCAUUUCCGCUGAAGAUAUACAGCACUUCAUUUCUGGUCAAACUGAUUUUGUUGCCAUUGGCUUUUGUUGUGGUAUGCAGUUACAAGAACACACACACACACACACUCACUCACAAACACGUUCACUCGCAUUAUGCAAUUACAUUAAAGCAUCACUUUCACAAAUUAACGACUUGCACAAGAAACUAUAUGUUGCAUCUGAGGUCGCACUCAUUUGCAUAUGCCACUCGUUUUAGGCAGUCAUUGGUCCACCUCUGCGAUAGGGCGUGGCUACACAUUCUUUCUGAAUUGAAGAGCCCUACAAAUGCUGCACCACAGGCAGCACCAAACCAGCCUGUCUGCACAUGCUCAGUAAGCCCCUGCUUGGCAAAAAUGUAGCCAAUCAGGGCUAGCACAGAUUUUUAUUGAAAGGACUGAAUGUUUUAAUGAAUAGAGUUGAAACUGGACUGUGUAAGGUACCGGUAACUUUCAAUCCAAAAUGGGUUGGGGUGGGAGGGGGAACAAAUGCGCUUGCACUUUCAUUUGUGAGAGACUGAGAAGGAAAGCAAUAGUCGAGGAGGAGCAGUGUCUUCGUGCAAAUGUUACAUGCAUUGGCUGUUACUGUUCAUCAGCAUGGGCUGGAAAUUCAAAACAGGUUUUUCCCAGAAGCAACAAACUCAAGACUUGUAUUCACAUAGACCAAUGGAGCAGAAAACAGAGGCUACGGCGACCGACAACAACGCAGCACAUUCAAACUGAAAGAGGAAAACAUUGUAAUAAAACAACAAUCUCCGAAGAAACAUACAAAAGAAGAUGUAAACGAAUAGAGACACUACCCCUCUUUUGAAUCAACUUGUAGUUAUGCUUUGUCGUUUUGUUGUUGUGUUGUAAUGGUGGAACUGACUGAUAUAUAUUUUUUGUAUUAGCUUGCGCCUCUCUUCUUACUCUAGUAAUACGUUCAGCAUGGACUAAUCCAGCUAUCUGUGUGUUGGAGAAAAAAAAAGACUCUGUUAUAGCCUCUUAGCUGAAGCUCUUCUUCUCUGGGUGCUGAUUUAGGCUUUUCCCCUUACACUGUAUAUAACCUUGAUGGCUGGGGAGGGGGGAGUGGGGAGUGGGUGGGCAUGAGGCACUCUCUGUGUUCUUUUUCUUGUUUCUUACUUUCCUUUUUAUAUUUCAAUCAGGUGUUUGCACAAUAUGUGGUCCUAGACCAUGGUUUAAAUCAGGAAAGUAUUUGUUUUUAGAUAUUUAAAAACUAACCAAUGACUUUGUUCCAUUUUGUUCGAUUCUCCCUUCUAUAUCCCUAAACAAAACCCCCUUAUUUUUUCAUCUCCUUAAGACUUUUAACUGAAGUGUUGAUGGAAAGCGCCACAAUCUAAGCGCUGGUCUGGAGUCAGAGUAAGCUUUGUAUUCUUGUUUGACUUCGAUUCAGGCUUACACAAGGGAAAGCUGACCCGAGACCAGCACUGGGGCGGCAUUUCUCAGGAUCUCCUCUUUCUUACUCUGCCUCUUCUUUCAUUGGUGCAAUAGGACAUGUGGGUGGGAAUUGUAUUUGAAGUAGAUGAGUAACCCGUUAGUGCCAUAGAUUUUCACUGUACAAGCUGUAAUAAAAUGAUAUAUAUAUUGAAAGAGAGAGGAAGAUAAGAAUUAUAAUAACAUUCAGGAGUGAGUAUUGAUGGAGUAAUCCAACCUGAACAAACUAAAAUCAAAAAAAAAAAAAAAGGAAAAGAAAAGAAAAUUUUUAACCUAGCACUUUCUUGCGUCUGGUGUUCCUGAAAGAAAAGGAGUGAUAAGUAUAUAAAUGCUACUCAGUCUUCACUUGAAUGUGUGACAAUAUAAAUGUAUAAACAUACGUAUAAAUUUCUAUAUGUCCAUGAUAUACAGAUGUCUGUGUGUGUGCGAGUGUACGUGCUUAUACAUUUACAUGCACCUUAAAUCUAACUGGUUCCCAAGAAAAUGCUUUUUAAAAUCCAUAUUUUCACCCCCGGAAAGCAGCGCCACUACAUUAGAAGACUGUUAGCAUAUGCCUGUAAACUCUUGGCUACUGAGAAGACACGAGGAUGUUAGGCAUAUGUAACCAUUCAGCUCAAUUCUUACCUUGAUUUUUGCGCCACUUCCUCUUAUCUCCCCCGGCAACAUACAGAUGCUUGCACACGCACACACAUACACAACUGCACAUGUAUGCGUGUACACCUUUUGAAUGUGUAUCCAAUAAAUUGUCUGUAUUUUGGAGGAGUUUAAGAAUGAGAAAGGUGAGUGUAAACUCAUCAGUAGGCGUGUUGACCAUGUGCAAUAUUUCUAAACAAGAGAUUAUUGAAAAAAAUUAAAGACCUAACA